GAACGGGUCUGUGUUACUGCUACCUGCCUCUUCUCGAAAUGGGCAGCAGAGCCUGGGGUCUCUCCUUCCUUCCUUCCUUCAUUGAACUGGUUGCCUAUUUCGGUAUUCCUUUUCGGAUAUUUUCUUCAUACUUCAUCUUCCAUCUUUUCGAUGUGCUCUCCUCUGAACCAACGCCAACAAAUCUCCCGUCUCCAACGUGACUCAGGAUAUACAGCCAAUUGAUCCCCCAAAUGUUGCUUCGUUUUCCACAGAUCAAUGAUACGAAACGUUGUCUUUAUGGCAGUGUCCAUGGAGAGCGCCCCCAGUGGAUUCUCAAUGGACUGUUUCUGGUGGCUUUGGUCAAGCAGGAGGAUUCCGCCAUCUAUGUCCAUGUCUCAAGCAAAUCAAAGACGGGAAAUGUUCGUCAGAAAACGGCAUCUACUCUCAUUUCAAACAAAAAAUCCAUCCAUCCACAUCCAAAUCCACAUCCACAUCAUCAUGACAGACGCAACCCCCCAAAGGGAGUGAGACAAAUGACAACGGCCCUAGACCCUGUGGCCCUGUGGCUGAUGGACCAGGGACCAACUGCACCAUGACGUGAUCCCCACAUCCCACAUGCUGGGAAGCUUGUUCCUGACUUAGGACGCCGCACUGAUCAGGGGCCGCUCCGUGCCCCCGUUGCUCUAGCGUUCGGUGCUCACCCCAUUUGGGAGCUCUCGUCAUUGGAAGCAGAUUUCUACGAUAGCUUCAACCCUCCGGAUUGUCCCCCUCGACAACCCCUCGACAACCACAUAGAGCCUCCUCCUUAAACAUAGACGAACAGAUACCCAGCGAAUUAAUAUCUCGACCGAAUUGCUUGCAGCCUUAGGAUAAGCUCUGCCAACAGGGGCUUGCGAACGGGGACACCAUAUCCGAAGCAACAUCAACCCCCCCACACAGAGUCCGGGACAACCGAGCCUCUACCCGACGGGGAACCCUUUCGACGAAACCGAUCCUCCAACCAGCCCUCUUCUAUCGAACCGAGAAUACACCUGCGCUAUAGAAACAAAGAUUGAACACCGUAGCUUCGUUGCUGGGCCGGUACAAAACUCAGCCAAACUGGCUGCAACAACUCAGCUUGCGACUAAGCUUGUGGUGACUUAGGUCCGGACCAGUGGCUAUCGCCUAGAGGACAUCACCUCCUUUCGUUGCGAAUUCUCUGGGAUCCCUCAUUUGACUAGUAAAAAUAAACACCUCGCAAGCUGCUUCUCUCGUUCGAGCUCUUUCUUCGCUCAACUCUGCCUCGACUUUCUGCUUCCAACACCACCCACCCAGCAGAAGCCAUCGCCAACCUACCAUCAUGACAAUCUCUCGCCUGCUGCUCCGCGGCACUCCGAGCCAGGCGCUGCGUCCCGCGUCUAUCACCGCCACGGCCCUCGCAUGUUCGUCUCGCUGCUAUUCAACAGACACCGGCAAAAAAGAUGGCAAUCAGGCCAAGGAAGACAGCCCCCCUCCGUACACCCACCGAGGCUCCGCCAUCAACUUCAACUGGGCCCGCGAGGCCGAGAAGAAGGAGAGGACCGCUCCGACCUUGUCAGCGGACAACUGGGAGGAACAUCCCGACGCCAAGAUCGAUGACUUUGAGGAGCUCCCUUAUAAGGAGUUUGGCAUCAACCAGCACAUGGAGGUCAAUGCCGAGUUCAAAAAGGUUCUGACCGAAGUUGUUCGCGAGUUCCGCGCCCCCAUCAUGUACGCCAUGGCCUAUGGCUCUGGCGUUUUCCCCCAGUCCAAGGCCACCAGAUCCGUAUCAGACGAGGACUUCCGCGCCAUCCACCCUAAGCCCUCACCCUCACUGAUAGAGGUCCAGAAGGGAGGUCCCAAAAUGAUUGACUUCAUCUUCGGCGUCACCCACACCCAGCACUGGCAUUCGCUCAACAUACGCCAGCACCGCGACCACUACUCGGGCCUGGCCAGCUUCGGCUCCGGUCUCGUUUCGACCUUCCAGGACCGCUGGGGCGCCGGUGUCUACUUCAAUCCGUACGUCACCAAGAAGGGCAUGCUUAUCAAGUACGGCGUCACGUCUAUCGACAACCUCUGCACCGACCUCUCCACCUGGAACAAUCUGUACCUCGCUGGGAGACUUCACAAGCCGGUUAAGAUCCUGCGCGACCAUCCCCGAGUGCGUCUCGCGAACCAGGUCAACCUGAUUUCGGCUGUCCGUACCGCUCUUCUCUUGCUGCCCCCCAAGUUCACUGAAAAGGAGCUUUUCUCGACCAUUGCCGGCAUCUCAUACCUCGGCGACCCGCGCAUGUCUCUGCCCACCGAGAAUAAGAGCAAGAUCGAUAACAUCGUCGACAACAAUAUGGUCUCGUUCCGUAAGCUGUAUGGCCCGCUGCUGAACACGAUGCCCAAUGUCGACUUCGCCGACGGAGCCGACCAGCAGGGCAAGCACGCCGAAGAUGUCGAGUACGAUGGCGCUAUGUACCAGGACAUGGACCCGGUCAAGCGCGGCAACAUGGUCCGCCGUCUUCCCAAGGCCUUCCGCUCGCGACUGUACUUCCAGUACCAGAAGAAGCUCAUGGUGCCGACGUCGGAAUUCAAGGCCAUGAUAGAAGCUUCCAAGGACGAGGACGCCGUGAGCUUCAAGCGCCGCGAGGGCGGCGGCUUCGAGCAGCGCAUCGUCCAGGAUGACCCUCAAGAGCUGCAGAAGUCGAUUCGAAAGGUCAUCAGCCAGACGGUCAACUGGCCCGCCACGGCGCAGUCCAUUAAGAGCUUCUUCACGGCCGGGGUCGGCCGCUCCAUCCGCUACCUGUCGGAAAAGAUGACCAAGUACAACGAGGGCAAAGCGAAGGCCAAGGCCAAAGAAGAAGAGCUCAAGAAGCAGGCGAGCGAGGCCGCCACCAAGGCCAAAAAGGAAGAGUAAUCUCUCUUUCGGCCAUUUAUGAUUAGCUUCAAAACCCCGGCAACUCGACGAUCCGGACGGCUGGAGCCGAGUGUCACUUAACGCCUUAUGACACUCCUGGCCAUUGGCGCUUUAUCGUUUGAUACAUAGGGACUCCUCUGCCCUCAGCGUCUUUCCAAAGUCGAACUGUAAAUUUCCAGCUCGAGGACUCCAGACUCGUGCAUCUUCUCUUGAUGGCUUCUACGCGUCAGCAGACGUUACGCGGUGGACACGAUGCGACUGAAAAUACCCCAUAAAAAUGGAUUUCCGGAUGAGGCACCUCGCUUGAGCUGUUCACAUAAGCAUAGUGCACUUUUGCGACAGGCCGCCCAUUCAGUCCUUUUCGUCCCUUCAGUCCGACAUGCUUUUUCUUUUCUUUUGUUCGCCUGGGGGGGGGUUUGAGAAUCUUGCAUCAGCAUUAGGAGGCGGUCCUGACUAGAACUGUGACAAAAAGGGGGGAAUGAAUGGGGUUUGGUGAUGACAUUUCUUGGGGGCGGACGCAAGAGACGAGCCCUCAGUUGAUAGUCAGGCGUUUUACGGGCAUGUAACAAGAGUGUUUCCAGGAAACCCAAUCCUGAAGGCCAGGUUUGGCAUAUUGCAAUGAGAUGCGACGAGGUCGCCGUUUUUGCAUCAGAAUCGAAUCGAAUAUUCGAAGACUCUAUCCUUUUGAGCUUUC